CCUCUUACCCGGCGGCGCAACGCGGAAGUGCGAUGGCGGCGGCAGCCGAGGCAGGCGGCCCGGGGUCCCAGCCCGCUGCCCAGCGGAGGCUGCGCAUCCUCUCUGGCCACCUGCAGGGCUCGCCGGCGAGCCGGGCGCCCGAGGCUGAGCGGCUCCUCUCCCCGAGCCAGUGCAGGGCGGGGGGCGCAGCUGAGCGGCCGGUCGCAUCCACCAUCCCUAAGAAACGGCAAGAAAUUCUGAAGUGGAAUGGAUGGGGAUACAAUGACUCCAAAUUUAUAUUUAAUAAGAAGGGACAAGCAGAAUUCACAGGGAAAAGGUACAGGUUGAGUGGUAUGGUGUUACCUGUUUUGAAGGAAUGGAUGGAAAAAACCUUAGGAGCAAGUCUGGAGCACAAAAUUACCUCUAGAGCUUUCUUAAAUACAAGUGAUGUACCCCCAUCAAUUGUAAAUGAAGAAUUUCUUCAGGAUCUUAGAGCCACUACAAUUUCAUAUUCACGGGAAGCAGAAGAUAGGGUGUUCAGAGCUCAUGGUCACUGCCUACACGAGAUAUUUGUGCUAAGGGAAGGAAUGUUUAAACGAAUUCCUGAUAUAGUUGUAUGGCCAGGUUGCCAUGAUGACGUAGUUAAAAUUGUGGAACUAGCCUGCAAACAUAAUCUUUGCAUAAUACCAUUUGGUGGAGGAACAAGUGUUUCUAGUGCUCUUGAAUGUCCUGCAGAUGAGAGAAGAACUAUUGUUUCAUUGGAUACGUCACAAAUGAAUCGAAUUCUCUGGAUAGAUGAGAAGAACUUAACUGCUCAUAUAGAGGCUGGCAUUAUUGGACAAGAUUUGGAAAGACAGCUUGGUGAGAGUGGUUACUGUACAGGCCAUGAACCAGAUUCUAUGGAAUUUAGCUCCCUUGGAGGAUGGGUGGCCACACGCGCAUCAGGCAUGAAAAAGAACAUCUACGGAAACAUUGAAGAUCUGGUGGUUCAUAUAAAAAUGGUAACCCCAAGAGGAAUAAUAGAAAAAAGCUGUCAAGUACCUCGCAUGUCAACAGGACCUGACAUCCAUCAUUUCAUUAUGGGAUCUGAAGGGACCCUUGGCGUGGUUACAGAAGUUACAAUAAAAAUCCGACCAAUCCCUGAAUACCAGAAGUAUGGCUCUGUAGUAUUUCCUAACUUUGAACGAGGAGUGGCCUGUUUAAGAGAAAUAGCAAAGCAGAGGUGUGCUCCUGCAUCAAUUCGCCUUGUGGACAAUGCACAAUUUCAGUUUGGGCAUGCUCUUAAACCACAGGUUGCUUCAAUUUUUACAUCAUUUUUGGAUGGGCUGAAAAAAUUCUACAUCACAAAGUUUAAAGGAUUUGAUCCCAACGAACUGUGUGUAGCUACAUUACUCUUUGAGGGUGACAGAGAGAAGGUUCUUCAGCAUGAAAAGCAAGUUUAUGAUAUUGCUGCCAAAUUUGGUGGUCUGGCAGCUGGAGAAGAUAAUGGACAGAGAGGUUACAUGCUGACAUUUGUCAUCGCUUACCUUCGGGACCUGGGCCUGGAUUACUAUGUAAUAGGAGAAUCAUUUGAGACUUCUGUUCCCUGGGAUAGGGUUAUAGACCUCUGCAGGAAUGUAAAGGAAAGAAUAGUGAGAGAAUGCAAAGAAAAAGGUGUCCAGUUUGCUCCGUUUUCCACCUGCAGGGUGACACAGACUUACGACGCAGGUGCAUGUGUCUAUUUCUAUUUUGCCUUUAACUACAGGGGAAUUAGUGACCCUAUACGUGUCUAUGAACAAAUUGAGACAGCUGCUAGAGAGGAAAUCCUUGCCAAUGGAGGAAGUCUGUCACAUCACCAUGGAGUGGGCAAGUUGCGAAAGCAGUGGAUGAAGGAGAGUAUCUCUGACGUUGGCUUGGGGAUGCUUAAGUCUGUCAAAGAAUAUGUGGACCCCAAUAACAUCUUUGGAAACAGGAACCUUUUAUAAAACCCUUACUAUCUGAAAAUUUCAAAAUUACGAUUUCUAGCCUCAUUGUACUGUUAUCCCAGUAAUCAAAUAUAACAUGGACUGAACUUCAAAAGCUAAUAUCUUUCUUAUAUUGGUUUUCCUCCAAUAAAAUGUAAACAUUCACUAUUAACAUUCACAGAUUUACUGACUCUACUCCUAAACCUCUCUUAAAACACAACCUGGCAGAGGCACAUCAAGGUAUAUACCAGCUUGCAAAUGCAGAUAUAGCAUUCCAAGUUUGGUUAAGCAGUACUGCCAAUGAUUGUUGUUUCCAUGCUGGAUGAAGCCAGCUGUUCUUUAUUAAAGCAUCCCCUGCAAGAAGAACAAAGACUGACGUUGGUGUUGUCUACAUAAACAGCUGCUCACUCAGCCUCUUGCUAGAGGAAAGUUGCUGGGAAGCACAUGAGAGGUGGAUUACACUAAGGGAAUACUUCUGUGUGCUGAAGGGUUAAGCAAGUAGCAGUAUAAAUGUAGGCUUUCUGUUUAAAAGAUGCAACAUAGUUCUGUAGGAAGUUUGGCUUGUCAGUCUCCCUUUCAGCAUUGAAAAAUUUAAAAUCUUUGAGAAGAAUACUUAACUAAAGUGUAGCCUGAGUUGUAUUUGCAUUGCUGGGAUAAUCUUCUUUAAUAUGCUAGUCAGUCAGUCAUAAGUUUUGUACAGAAUAGCAGACAUUUCUCAUUGUAUAUUAACAGGUUUGUUACAUAAAAUUAUUGCCUUCAUGAACACUGCAUUCCUAAUGUGUCUAGUUUCACUUUAUUUUUGUGUAGAUGCAAAAUAAUCCUUUUUUCCCCAAUAGCAAAUGUUUUGGCUAUUUUAAAAUAAAACUUUGUCCAGCACUGUAUCUUGAAACAGGUCUCAACAGUUUCAAGGUUGAAACAGUUUUAUUAAUCUAAAAUGGAGAAUAUACUGUCUGAAAAUGAAGUUUCCAAUUUUAAUUUC